AUGCGUGGUGAUGGUCUCGGCCAGUCCCAAAACAAUACACCAGAUGAAACCUCUAAUUCAUUUCCUCUUUUCCCACGAAUCCCAGUCGAACUUCGUUUACUGAUAUGGGAAUGGGCAAUUCCCGAUCCUCGGGUCGUACCUUUGAAAACAUACAAUACUUCUCGUUGUGAGCAUGCGAUGGUCAGAGUACGAUCAGAUAUGUUCGUGCCAGAUAGAUGCCAAAAUGAUGAUUAUCCUCAUUCAAAUGGGACCACCUGCACCGGCAUGGACGGUGUAUUACCAGCAGAUAUGGACGUUAUCGGUGUGGUUCGGACACGGAUCAAAGAUGAUGAUCAACUUGGUUUCUCAUCAGAAGCGAAAAUUCCUAGCUUAUUGCUAGUUUGCAAAGAAUCACACGAGGUCGCAUCCAAAAGAUACCAACGAGCAUUUCCAUAUGAAUGGUCUUUUGCUGAGACUUACUUUAAUUACGAAAGAGAUAUCUUGCUUCUUUCGGAAAAGCAGAUUCAGUUUGCAAUUCUACCUGAGGGCGACAAACGCCACUUUAUGGCACCGUCUGAGGCACGUAAAAUUCGCAAUCUUGCUCUUCAAUUUCGUCCCAAUCUUAGGGCUUCAACAAUUGAUGAUCGAGAUGUCAAAACUAAAGACCUUGCCAAACUACUGAAAUUGUUCUGCAAUGUUGAAGAUUUAACAAUUGUGGUAGAUAAUCAUCUACCCUAUGGUCAUGAGAACGGAUUGUCCUCCAGUCAGAACGACAAUGAGCCAGUGCUAUUUGAGCCAAUUCAAAUCAACGAGGCGCUGCUUAUGUUUUCACCUGAGAGGAGGUUUAGUGACACUCAUAGAGGAUUAUUUCAAGAGAAUGUAAAUCUACUCGAGCUGAAGUUUUGCAUGGACCGCCUCAACAGGAAGAGAUUGCAGGACAUCGCAAAUGGCUCUGUGUGGAAUUUACCGAGAUUUCAAUGGAAGAUUCUCACUACCGCUGCGUUCCAGACCAGGUUCAAGAGAUUACAGAAAGACUACGAGCUACGCACUGGAAAUACCUGUCAUAGAAUUCACGAAACGCACAAACUAACGCUCGAUCCAAGCCAGCUAUUUCUCCAUCCCUGA